AUGCCCGCCCAACUGCCCUUAACGGGCGUCCGCGUCGUCGAGCUGGCCGGUCUAGCUCCCGGCCCCUUCGCCGGACUCCUCCUAGCAGACUACGGCGCCUCCGUCCUGCGCAUCGACCGCCCCAAAUCCUUCAGCUCUGACCAGCUCACCCGCGGCAAAACUUCCAUCAACAUCGACCUCCGCGACAAGGCCUCACACGCCCUCCUCCUCGACCUCCUCGCCAGCGCCGACAUCCUCAUCGACCCCUUCCGCCCCGGCGUCCUCGAACGCCUCGGGCUCGACCCCGUCUCCGUCCUCCAGAAACACAACCCGCGCCUCAUCGUCGCCCGCAUGACGGGCUUCCGCCGCGACGGAAAGUACAAGGACAUGGCCGGCCAUGAUAUAAACUACAUCGCAGUUUCGGGCGUCCUCUCCAUGCUGGGCCGUGCAGGCGAACGACCACACGCGCCGGGGAACAUCCUCGGCGACUUUGCGGGCGGCGGCGCGGUCUGUUUCCUGGGGAUCCUGCUCGCGCUCCUCGCGCGGACAACCACGGGCCGCGGGCAAGUCGUCGAAGCCAACAUGGUCGACGGCUCGGCGUUCCUCGCCUCCAUGCCCCGACUCAACCUACAGACGCCGCUAUGGAGGGGGCCGCGCGGGACGAACAUGCUCGACGGCGGGAGUCCGUUCUACGAUACCUACGAGACCAAGGAUGCGGGCAAGUAUUUCUCCGUCGGCGCGCUCGAGCCGCAGUUCUACGCUGCGCUGAUCAAGGGGCUGGGUUUCGCGAAGGGCGAGCUCCCCGACCGCGACGACCGCGACAACUGGCCUGCGCUCCGCGAGGCGUUUACGAGGCGGUUCAAGGAGAAGACGAGGGCCGAGUGGGAGGCGGUCUUUGAUGGGACGGAUGCGUGUGCGACCCCUGUGCUUGAGCAGGGUGAGUUGCAGGACAGUGGAUACGAGCAGAGGCCUAUUGUGCAUUUGUCGGAGACGCCGGCGAAGCCGAUCAAGGCGGAGGAUGGCGGGUGGACGGGGGGCAUUCUUACGCCGGGGACUGGCGGGAAGGAGACGCUGCAGAGCUGGUUGGGAUGGCGUGAGGGGGAGCAUUAUGGGGUUCGGGAGGAUGGGGCGUUGGUCAAGGUUGAUGGGAAGGCGAAGUUGUGA